AUGAAGAAAGAUGAACGUGAUCCUCUGGACAACUCGACCAUCGGAGAAGGUCAUCUUGCUGAACCACCUCCUACAACUACUAGUAUUCGAAGUAUUCAUUCUGCUGGCGAUCCGUUUACACAUCCUGCUGACAUAUGGUUACAGUCAGCAGAAUUCUAUCACGGCUAUCUCCCCAGAGAGGAUAUACCGCCACUUCUACUUAAAAACGGAGACUUUCUUGUACGUUUGAGCGAGGUUUGUCAUGAAAAUCAAUCUACCAUUGAACUUCUACUACUAUCGUCUUGGCUUAUAAUACUGGGAAUGACACUGCUCCAAGUAAGCGAGGUUGCUGCGUUCACACCAAGCAGGCAACGCUAA